CAACGCACAUACACUACGGCACGCACAUAUGCUCGCCAUAACAGCACAGCAUAGCAGCGUGAGCGCGCAUCACUUCCUGUGCAAGUGUGUGCAUGCUGGGCGCUUUCAACUCUGACUGGACAACCGUCGGAGUCGACGAAGUCAGGCAAAUAGACAAGAGUAACGGAAUAUCUGGGGGAAUACUCCACCAAACUGUCCGUGUUUAACCAGAUACUGACUCCUGUCAUUGCAAUAGCUGGCGUUGGACGGGGUGUUGGACCCUCCCCCUGCACAGCGACAGAAUGAGACAAUAGCUGGGGGUUUGGAUGAUAUCCCUCCCCCUCCUCUUUGUUUCCCCCUCCUACAUAUCCAAGACGCAUAUACAUACUCACUAUCUUACACCAACACACUACAAAACAGUACCCUGGACCUCUCUGGCCCCCAUGCUUUACUUUGUAGGGGCCAUGAGACUUUUACAGGGCUGCUGCUGUUUUUGAGAACCCUUUGGGAACAAAACAAUCAAUUUCCUCUCAGCAAGUUGACGCAUCCUUCCGGUGCCUACGGCUUUGGUGGAGCUUGACGGGAUCUCAGUAGAUCAUUGAAUCAUGAAAACACCAGAGGACCACUGGGAGCUUACAUUUGGAGUUGUACAUUAAUAGGCUAAAGACUGCCAGUGAGGAAAUCAAAUCUAAUUCAACCUGCAGCAGGUCUGAACGUCUUUGAGAAGAUAUGAUACCUCUCCUUAGCCAAUUCAUCCACCACAUCUGAAGUGCCUUGUAUUCCAUCAAACUGUUUUUUUACCUCUUCUCCACAUAUCUGAUCUAAUCCUUAAGAUUCAUUUGUUUACAUCUCCAGGCCUUAUAGCUUUCCAAGACAUAUCUGUUUAUUUGUUUGUUUCUGUUUGCGUGCAUAAGAGUCGCAAUCGGACGUAUCUGAGAUACGAGGAAUGAGACCACCGUAGCGUUCUGUUACUCAAACUUGUCAACCCAAACUCACUCAGACUGUUCAUCUGACUGUCAAACUUGGUGCAGUACUUCCACUUUACGGUUCCGUCACCAUGUACACGCUGCAGUCCAAAUGGCGUUACCUGAUCAUGUUCUUGGGUGUCCAGUUAGUGGUCAUGGCUCUUCUCUCCAGAGAGGGCUAUCAGAAAAGAGUGUCAUAUUUUUUCCGAAUUUUCCGUAAGCCUGAUUCUACAACGGGACAUGCAGUCGGGACACGCAACCACACGGAUGUGUAUGCCAACCUCUCCCUUUUAGGCCCUCCUGUUAAUAAAGAGGACAUGCCCUACUGCCCGAAGCAGUCUCCACUGAUUGGCGGACCUAUUCAUGUCACUUUCCCCUCUGGGCUUACUCUUGCCGAGAUUGAGAGGAAGAAUACCCUUGUUGUCCGUGGGGGGCGCUACAGGCCACCAAACUGUGAGGCACGCCAUCGCACCGCAGUAAUCAUUCCCCACAGAAAUCGGGAGCACCACCUCAAGUUCCUCCUCUACUAUCUGCAUCCCUUCCUACAACGACAGCAGCUCAACUACGGCAUCUACAUCAUUCACCAGGCUGGUAAUUACACCUUUAACCGAGCAAAGUUGAUGAAUGUGGGAUUUCGUGAGGCCAUGAGGGAGGAGGAUUGGGACUGCCUCUUCUUUCAUGACGUGGACCUUAUUCCCGAGGACGACCGUAACACCUACGCCUGCGACGCUCACCCAAAACACGCCGCCAUUGCCAUGGACAAAUUUGGCUACAAACUGCCUUAUAAGAUGUAUUUUGGAGGAGUGUCGGCUCUGACCCCUGAGCAUUACCUCAAGAUGAACGGGUUCCCAAACAAUUACUGGGGCUGGGGUGGUGAGGACGACGACAUCGGCAUCCGGGUCUCGCUCGGAGGAAUGGUGAUCAGUCGUCCGUCUCUAAACGUGGGCCGAUAUAAGAUGAUCAAACACAAGCAUGACAAAGGCAAUGAAGUGAAUCCCAAAAGGUUUAACAUGUUGGCUAAGACCCGGCACACAUGGAAAAAUGACGGUAUGAAUACGGUGGAUUAUGAGAUCGUGUCCCGGGAUUAUCAACCUCUUUUCACCAACAUCACAGUCAACAUUGGCACCGAGGCAGGGCUGCACCCGCCCAAUAAAAAGACUGAUUCUUAGCAUGCUCCCAGCAUUCUUGUGGAUCCCCGAGGCACAAAUCAUUGCCGGACUGCACAUGGCCAGUGAAUCCAGAGGACAUCAUGCCUUUACUGCACCACAGACUUAGUGGUCUCUCUCUCUCUCUCUCUCUCUCUCUCAUAUUUUCUAAAGUUUGACAUUUCGAUCCUGUGCUCACUGGUUCACUUUAUAAGUCAGGAUGCUGCAGAAACUGGUCCACAUAUUGACCACUUCGCAGAAUCGGUUUUGGACCACUCUGCAGGAAGGAUGUGUUUCCUGACGGACAGACUGUUCAAACGUCCUCUGUGCCCAUGGGCACCAUUUAUAAACCUCUUUUGCCUUAGAAUCAAGCUGCACUCUCUUUACAUUUCUUCCAUGACAAUUGAAACAUAGAUUCGGCCUCCCGUGGUAGGGUGAGGCUGACUUUUAGGUGAAGGGUAACAUUUAUUUUUUUUUUGCCAUGUGAUGGAAACAGUGUACGGCAUAAGCAACGUUGUUUUCUGCACUACUCUGUGAGUCAGGUGCAUUUCCUGUUCAGUAAAUGAGUACUUUUGGUUAUGUACUGUGUUGUUGUCCAGACAAAUGGAGUGAUAUUUUGUUAUAUAUCUUCCAUUUUUGGGUAACUCUCUCAGAACUGGGUUCUUUGGUAGUAAUAACCACUCUACAUAUACUGACGUUCUCCUUUUUGCCUUUGGUUGACUUAGUAAUAACGUUGGCAUUUAUAAUCAACGCGCUGCCUCUCAUUUUCAUGAAUUACUCAACACAUUGUAUUUGAUCCUUUUUUAUGAUUGGCUGGCUGCGUGCGGUGUUGUCAUUUGCUUUGGAUUAGUAAUAGUGUUGUUGAAUGUAGCUGCAUCUCUCUUCUUGGUCAGAGAAUGUCACGUCAUUGCAGAGUGCAUCACGGUGAUUCUGUUCGGGUUGGCUUUGUGAAGAGUUUAUGCUGCUUUUUCCUCAUGUUUCCAUUUGAGUCCAAUAUUUAUCAAAUUUUUGCCCAUUCAAAAGGCAUAAGUAAUACCAUUCUUCCGUAAAUUCUCCAUUUGAAUAAAAUGCCCUAAUAUUUGUAAAAAAAAAAAACAUUCUAAUUUGAAUGGAAAUGAAUUAACUUUAAAACCAUUAUGUAAAUUGUUGGAUUGAAUUGAAUGCAUUCAUGUUUGUAAAACAAUUUUUAGAUAACACUGUUAUGUUGACUUAACUUAAAGUGAUGAAACCUGUUGCCUUAAAAUGAUACGUGUAAUUGAAAAUUGUUUCACAUAACUUUAUUUUUUUUUUCAAUUAUGCAUGGUUUAUUUACUUAAUAAUUUUAAGGCAAUAGGUUUUCUCACUCUUUAAGUUGUCAGUAAAAUUGUUCCUUGAAUCAAAUGGACUGAGUUUUGUAAAACCGUUCUUACGCAAACUGACGCAUUAAAUUAAAAUCUCCUUUUCUCCUAACUAUUCUUGCGUAAAUUAGUAAAACCAUUCUUGCGUAAAUUGGUGCAACAAAUCGAAUGCUCCAACAAUCAUGAAUUAAAUGUAAGUUAAAUUCAUAAACCAUUUUUACAUUGAAUAUAAUGCAUGAAAAACCAUUCUUUAAAUUAUUGCAUUGUCAAAUGCGUCAAUAUUUGUUAAACCAAUCUUGCGUAAAUUGUUGCAUUUCAAAUUUAAUAUACAAAUGUUUGUAAAACCAAUUUUACAUAAAUAGCUGCAGUGAAUCAUAUAUGCGCUAUCAAUCAUAGAACCAUUCCUAUUAAACUAUCCCCUUAAAUUCCACGUGCCAAUGUUCACAAAACAUUCAACGCAAUCGAACAAUUUACACAUUUGUUGUUAUAUUUGUUCAUGACAACCAUCAUUGGCAAAAUAUGACAAAGAAAAAAAAGUUAAUUAUUGCUGACUGAAACUGCAAAACUGUUUAUGAAUUUAGGAAAAUAUCACUGCUAAAAUUUAGUCUAAAUCCUGGCCUUCACAUGUAAACCUUGUUUUUGCCAUGCCUCGUCUACCCUCUAAACGUCUCUCAUGGUGACGCGGACUCUGUGCUGAUCCAUUUGUUUCAAACUGAUCUGUGCAUAAAGGAAGGCAUACUUGCAUUUCAUAUUUGUGUUUGUGAGACUGAGAGAACUCGAUCAUAAAUUAUUUUUCCGAUUGCUGUUGUUCUCUGUGGGAAUGUGAAAGGUGGAGGUAUCGCUCCCCUCUUUACUCAUUUGUCUGCUGUUGGGAGCUUGUGAUGAGGCUUGUGAUGAAAAAUAAGUCAUUGGAUGUCAUUAAGGCAGAGAUACCAAAAAUUCAUAUCAUAAUUUUUUUUUUUUUUUUACAAGCAUGUUUUUUUUUCUUUUAUUGCUUAACUUCCUUUUUUCACAUUUGUUUUCUUAUUUUUUUUUUUACAAUUAAAAAAUGUUACAGUGGUCAUUAAUGGUCAGGUUAAUUAAAUCUGUUCCUUACCCAAGUGUGUUGGCUCAGAUAGAGUGUAAUGACUGUAAACAUUUGAUUUAUUUUGGGGUGGCCCGAGAUGUGUAUUGUUCACAUUGAGAAUUUAUAUUUGAUAAUUAUUCAGAUCAUCAUCAUAGAAGGUACUUUGAAAAAUCCUCAGAUCAGCCUUGAAUUGCAUAGUUUGCUAUCUACAGAUGACAGGCUGCACACUACUCAGGUGGGGUGAUGGAUUAGAUGUUUGUUUCGAAAUGUGCCUUACUGGGCAUCAGUUUUCUCCUGUUCUUCAGUGGGCAGUGCUCUGAAAAUGUUUAGGGUAUAUGUUUCUCUUUAAGCAGUCUGCACACUACUCAGCGGCCUUAUGAUGAUUUAAUAAAAUGUUAAUGUACUAAAUGG